AUGCAAAACUCUCAAGACUACUUUUACGCUCAAAGUCGCUCACAACAACAACAACAACAAACCCCUUCCACAUUGCGUACCGUGACUAUGGCAGAAUUCAGAAGAGUUCCUUUGCCACCCAUGGCUGAAGCCCCUAUGUUGUCUACUCAGAACUCUAUGAGCAGCUCCGCUUCUGCCUCUGCUUCUUCAUUGGAAAUGUGGGAAAAGGAUUUGGAGGAGAGACUCAACUCCAUCGAUCAUGACAUGAACAACAACAAGUUUGGUUCCGGCGAACUAAAAUCUAUGUUCAAUCAGGGUAAGGUCGAAGAUAUGGACUUCUAA